AUGUCGUCGGUGCGGCUCUCCGGUGCCGGUGUUGCCGCGGUGGCCUUCAACAACACUGGUCUGCGCCCCUCUCAGGCGUCAGCAGUCAGAGUGUGCUCAUCGAGGCGCUCAUCUCGUAGCCUCGUUCUCAGGGCUGCCACUGUCGUCACCCCGAAGUAUACAUCACUCAAGCCUCUGGGAGACAGAGUGCUUGUGAAGCUUAGCGCAGCUGAGGAGAAGACCAUUGGUGGAAUUUUGCUUCCAUCCUCCGCGCAGUCCAAGCCUCAGGGAGGCGAGAUUGUUGCUGUUGGAGGGGGUAGAACCAUUGGGGAUAAGAAGGUGGAGGUCAGCAUACCGACUGGAUCUCAAGUUGUAUAUUCAAAGUAUGCUGGUACUGAGGUUGAAUACAACAACUCCAAGCAUCUUAUUAUGAAAGAGGAUGACAUCAUAGGUAUUCUUGAAUCUGAUGAUGUCAAAGACAUGAAGCCUCUCAAUGACCGGAUUCUCAUCAAGGUUGCAGAGGCUUCAGACAAGACUGAAGCUGGUCUUAUCCUCACCGAGACAACCAAGGAGAAGCCAUCCAUUGGAACAGUCGUAGCUGUUGGUCCGGGCUCUCUUGACGAGGAAGGCAAGAGGCAGCCAUUGCCGGUGUCACCAGGCAGCACCGUGCUGUACUCCAAGUACGCAGGCGGCGAGUUCAAGGGAGCUGAUGGCACGAACUACAUUGUGUUGAGAGUGUCUGAUGUGAUGGCUGAGCUCUCUUAA